AACACAACGACGUCUUUGAAAAGUGCUCAACUGUAUAUUACUACAGUUAAUGCAUUAUUUUAUAAAACAGAACCUCACAUUUAACCAUUCAAGAGGACUUUCAGCAUCAUAAUGAAUCCAAGCAGUCCAUAUGAUUCCUCAGAGCUGAGGAUUCUUCUUUUGGGUCCAAAGAAUGAUGAGAAAAGUUUAGCUGGAAACACUAUCCUGGGCAAAACGGAGUUUGACUCAAAGCAGACUUUGCAGUGUGUGGAGAAACACAGUGAAAUCGCUGGAACAAAGAUCACUGUGGUUGAUACUCCAGGCUGGUGGGGAAAUUUACCAUUUGAAGAAAACCCUGAACUGUACAAACAAGAAAUUGUCCUGAGUGUGAAUAAAUGUCCUCCAGGACCUCAUGUCCUGCUCCUGGUCUUAAAUGUGGACACACCGUUUAAACAAAAUGAAAAAGACAUCCUAUGUGAUAAUAUGAGAUGUUUUGGUGAGGAAGUGUGGAGGCACACCAUAGUGUUGUUCACCUGUGCAGAUCUUACGGAAGAUAAGACCACUCGACUGUUGGAGAAUGAAAACCUCCAGUGGCUCAUUGAGAAAUGUGGAAACCGAUAUCAUGAGCUUAAUAUUAAGCACUGGGAUGACGGAUAUCAGGUCACACAACUGAUUAAGAAAAUGCAGGAAAUGGUGGACAGGAACAGAGGCAACCAUUAUAAAAUGAACAGAGAUACUUUACAACGUGUGGAGGAGAAGAGGAGAGAACAGCAAAAGAGAGCAGUGGAAAGAAGGAUCAAGCAUAUGCAGCUGAAAGACAAGACAACUACUGAAGAAACUCAAACAGGUUUGGAACAAGUUGAGGAUAAUGAACAUCACCUCUCAGAGCUGAAGAUUGUGCUGCUGGGAUAUAACAGUUCUGGCAAGAGUUCAGCAGGAAACACCAUCCUGGGCAAACCUGCAUUUGACUGCAAAAGAUUGCGUAGAUCUGUGAUACAAGAAGGAGAUGUUUCAGGAAGACACAUCACUGUGGUGAACACUCCAGGCCGAAAAAGAAACUACCACUCGAAAUACACCCCCAGACUGUAUAAAGAUGAGAUUGUGUUGAGUCCAUCUCACUGUCCUCCAGGACCUCACGUCUUUCUGCUGGUCAUAAGAGUGGACGUUUCUUUCACUGAAGUUUACAGAAAGGCAGUAGAGGAGCAUGUGGCCCUUCUUGGUCUCACAAUCUGGGAUCGCAUGAUUGUUCUCUUUACUUUUGGUGACUGGUUGAGAGACACAAGCAUUGAGGUGUUUAUCGAGAGUGAAGGAGAAGCUCUUCAGUGGAUAAUAAACAAAUGUGGGAACAGAUAUCAUGUUUUCAACAACAAGAACACAGAUGAUGGCAGUCAAGUGGCAGAGCUGUUAGACAAGAUACAAGAGAUGAUUGCAGGAAAUGAAGAACCCUGUUUUAUGAUAAAUGAAACAAAUUUACAAGAAGUAAAAGAAAGGAGGAUUAAAAUAGAAGAAAGAGCAAAACAACUGCAAGAUGAAGUGCAAAAUAUAAAAGAAUUCAGAUCUUCAGUAGCAGCAGAUGCUGCAGAACUUUCUGAAAUGAGGAUGGUGUUGCUUGGACCUCACUAUUCCAGCAUAAGUUUGACAGGAGAAACACUUUUGGGAAGGCAUGUUUUGGACAAGGAAAUCAAAGUAAAUGUAGAAGAAAUUGGGGAAGUAGCUGGAAGGAAGCUCACUGUGGUUUGCACACCAGGUUUUGAAAAAGAUUACCUCACUGGAGAAAGACUUGAGGAUUCUAAACGUAAUAUCUGGAGAAGUGUGACAGAAAGCUCCUCUGGAGGAACACAUGCUUUCAUUUUAGUCCAGAGUGUCGACUCUUCUUUUGCAGAAGAAGAGAAAGGUGCACUUGAGAAGAUCAUGGAGCCUCUUGGUGAAAGAGUCUGGAAUCACACACUGGUUCUGUUCGCUGUUGGAGAUGAACCGGAAGAAACUCCAAUUGAGGUGUUCAUUGCAAGUGAAGGUGACAUGCUCCAGUGGCUCAUUGAGAAGUGUGGGAACAGGUAUCAUGUCCUCAACUAUAAGAACUGUGGUGAUGGAUCUCAGGUCACAGAACUCCUGAAGAAGAUCGAGGAGAUGGUGGGAGAAAACAGAGGACAUCAUUAUGAAAUUGACAGAGAGACUUUAGAGAAGAUUAAAGGAACAAUCGCUGUACCUAUUAAAAAAGCACAUAGUUUAGAUGAUCCCGUAAACUUUGGUGAUAAAUCCAGUCUUUCCUCGGGGAUAGGUUCAGCAUUUGUAUCACAGAGAUCCCAAGAAGCACCGGGAGAGUCAAGUUCAAAAAUGAGUUCUGGAGUGCAGUCUCUUGGGUCAAUCCCUGAGUUUGAUUGAGAACUUAAUUCAGAUUAAGAAACACAUAUAGUUUAACAUUGUGUAGUAACGUGCGGUAAAAGCAACAAUCAUUUCAUAUACAGAAACAAUAAUUAAUACCAAUUUUGAAAGUGGAAUCUGCAUGAGUAUUAUGCCAGAGUGCGUGUAUGGUCUCAUGAUGUACAUUUAAAGCAACAUAGCAUAGAUAGAGACCUUUUCAGAAAUGCUAGAUGAAACACCAGUGUGGAUGUGGAUUGGUUUGGUGAAGUUAUUCCCUUGAGCAAGGCACCGAAUGGCCAACUGCUCCCUGGGCAGCCCACUGCUCUUGGUGUGUGUUCACAGGUGUAAGUAAUUUUUGUAUAAAAAGCGUCUGCUAAACACAUAAAUGUAAAUGUCUUAAAACUAAAACACAUCAGUGUAAAUAGGGCCUGAGUUCAGAUCCCUGUAGCUUUUUUUUCAGUGGCAAACAAAUAGGCUGAGCUUGAUUACCAGCAAUAAUUAUGGGCAAUGUAAAACAUUACAGUUUAAUAUGGAAUAGGCAAGCAGCAAACAUUCACAGGUACAGAUUAAAAAAUAGCCAACGGUGAGGAGUAUCAGCCAGAACAAAAUAAGGCUUUGCAAUGAGAGUGUGUUUGUGCACUGUUUGAAAAGUCCAGGAAUUACAAUGACAAUUUAUUGUACAUACAAUAUUUUAAUUAUAGAAAUAUACUUGUACAUACAUUUUUCAAUUUGUAUAUUUUUAAUCUCAUUAUCUAUGUUUAUGUCAUGUCACUGCCAUUCUGUAGCACUGUAGAAGCUUUAGUCACAAAAACUAAUUUCUCACAUGUAAACAUAUCUGGCAAUAAAGCUCUUUCUGAUUCUGAAAAAUCAACAC